ACACAAUUGGCAUUAGUGAGAUGGGGGAACUUCAUUGCGUUUGCACUCGUGAUACUACGGUAGCAUCAAAGGGGCGUACACACGAUGUGUUGAUAGAGGUAGCUACUUCUCGUGUAAAUCAGUUGUGUGCUGACUUCUAUUUUAAAUAUUUGGGGCGUUGAGGGAAGAAUGAAAGAGGUCUUCCACCAAAACGGACGAAAUCAUGAACGGCGCCGUAUACAUUUCGUUUUUUCAAGGUCAGCUGGAAUCUGCACUUGAGGAAGUAGUGCACGUCGCAGUACAGGAAAUAACAAAGACUGUUGGGUCAAGCUUGACUUCUAUGUUAAUGAAAACGGCCGUCAAAGAACAAGAAAACCAACGACUUAAGUUAAAGCUUCAAUCACUGGAGUUUGAAUGUAAUGGGGUAGAAAAUGGAGCCGAAUUCAACGGUGGCAGGGAAGACAACGCGGCCACGGAUCAAACAAAGCCCGAGACACACACCCUCAGCCACAGCGCAGAGCGCAGCAUGCACGCAAACACUCUAAGACUGGAUCAAAAAUGUCGAGUAGUGGGUCAGCUCAAGAUGGUCAUGGAGCAUGUGCUGGAGUUUGCUGUGUGCGAGCUGACCAAAAUUGUGGAGGCCAGUUUCGAUGACCUGCUCCUGGAGCUGACCAGGAAAGAGCGGGAGCACAUCGCUCUGGAGGAGCAGUUGUGCCGCUUGGCGCAUCAGGAGAACAGGAAGGGCGGGGUGUCGAGGAGGAGUGGGUCGGAAAACAACACGGCGUUCCCCAGCGGCUCAGAGGACACCCGGCAGGAAUCCAGAAACGUCACAGUCAAAAUUGUCCGAGGACAAAGAGAGCAAACUGAGACAACAAAUGACGGUGACAAGCAGGCUGUACUGACCGUUGCCCAGGACUGGGUCCCCAUCCUGGACAAGGUGUUUGGGCAGAAGUGGUGCAGCGACCUGUGGCAGAUCAAAGAGCUGGCUUCAGGGAAGGGGGGUGAGGAGAGGACUGGGGGAUCUGGGCUGGGGAUUGUGGGCUCCUUCCCCAGUCUGAACGCCCUGAUCCGUGAGAACCUGGAGCCCUCCCCCACCAGCCCCCUGCAGGACCCCCAGUGGAUGCCUCUGGAGGACAUGGAGGUCCUCUCCUCGACCUUGGACACUCCGCAAGACCCUCCUGCUUCCAUAAGCACUACAGUUGAGGAGUCCCUCAGGUCUCCGUCGAUGCUUCACCGGCUCCUCACACUCCCCGCCCAGCUCCUAGAGGAAGACGAGGACGAGAACGCCAUGGAAACCAUCCCCCUGCUCGCCGACGCUUCCACUGGCAGAGCAGCUGUGCGACGGCAAAACACAGAAUCGCCUUACCAGAGCUGCCCAUCUCCUCCCAAGAAAAAGGUUGCUGCUUCACUGGAGGAGGAGGAGGAGGAGGAGGAAGAGGAGGAAGAUGAAGAGAAGGAAGACAAAGGGACGACGACGCUGGACUCAAAGGUGAAGACCGUGUCUCUCAAAGGCAGGAAGGCUCACGAGUGUAAAGAAUGCGGCAAGAAGUUCAGCCGGGCGCCGCUCCUGAAAGCUCACCAGCAGACUCAUAUCACCACAGCAAUGGCGACGACGCCAGCAAUUUGCUGCUCAGAGUGCGGGAAACGCUUCUCCCAGGCAUCCCGGCUACAGGCGCACCUACGAACUCACACCGGGAAAAAGUCCUGAGAAGGGAAUUGGAAGAUUGAAGAAGAAGAAAAAAAAAGAGAAUUGGAAUCAGUCGCUCUUCAGUCCAUAUCUCACAAAUAGCCAUAUUAGUAGCAGGAUGGUCACCGGUAUUCGAGUUCAUACAUUUGAGUUCACUUUAAGUACCUUACAAGUUGGGAAUCAGAGGCAUUUUUUUCAUGUUGCUGAUUUGAAGGUACAGUUUUGUUGACUGCUGUAUGUUUCUUAAUUGUUACCACCAUUUUGAUUCCUUACAUGUGGCGACAAGGUAAAGACUUUGUAAUCAUUUGGGAUUGGAUCUGGCUGGAAGUUGUGGUUAGUAUCACCAUUUUACAUUAUGUAUAACAUGGGACAGUGGCGCUCACAACAAGCAAUGAAGUGACCUUUUUAAGUGCUGUUUUUAGUUUUCUCAGUAUACUUUUCUAAAUUUUUUGGGAAUAUCAAACUGGUCUCUUUGUGCUUUAUUAUUUCACAUCAAGGUUAUUUGCUAUACCAGAGGCCAUAAUCUUGGCUUUUGUGGACUGCAAUUUCAAUAAACAUUACACUGAUUUGUGAGAAUUAUCUUUCAGUGGCAGAGGCGUUGUCUCAAGUCGAAUGUGAAUCGCAACUCGUCUUUUUUCCGGUGCUACAAGCAGUGACUCACUUUCAAAGGGCUUAUGUGCCCAGGGUAAAGGGGGAGAGAGACGGACUGCUGGAGUCAAUAGCAGAUGUAAUACCUUUGUUUUGCUUACCUCUGAAUGUGAAUCUCUGUACAGAUGGAAAUAACCUGGUAUUUCUCUUUACCUUCUUCAUGCAAUUCACUAUUUACAGUCCUCACUUGACAGUAUUUUUAUUUUUCACUCAACAUAAAUACCUCCUUAAAAACACUCUAAUAUGUUUGAUAAAGGUAUUGUUACGUUGGUAGCCCUUUUUUUGUUUUCAUAAAGAACAACAGAUUCAGAGUCUGUAGACCUAUAGUUGAUGACUAGCACAAGCUGUGUGAUGACAUCACAGUGGUCCCUCUUGGGCUUUUCUAUAUCCUGUCUGCCCUGGAAGGACCAUUCCUGACACAAGUCUAAGAAGAAACUGAGGUGAAGAAUGGAAUCUUGCCCUCGUGCUAAUUGUGGAAGGCUGGAUUCUGAAGUGUCAUGGGAAGUAGAGAAAUACCACAUUGAUGAGAAACACUUUUUGGUUUGCUUUGUCUUGUCUGACCUCCGGAUGAGUCAAAUGGAUGUGGAGCAUCUGAUUGGACAUCGGGAAUAUUGUUUCUGCUCAUAUGGCCAUGCCUAACAGAAUACUUUGUUGGAACAUAAAAAAAUAUUGAAGGGAUGGGUCAUUCAAAUAAGGGAUGGAUGGGGUGGGGGGUUGAGGGGCAGGGUUGUAGAGACUUACAGGUGUUUGCAGGACUGCUCUUUGCCUCCGAAAAGAUAUCUGUAGAAAGGCAAACACUGUUUAAGCCCCUCUGCCAGAUUCCUUAAGUAUCGUAACGUCUUCCCAUUUUGAUUGUGCUUUGUCUCUUGUAGAUGCGUCUGCAGUUUGUAGUGCUGAGUGAUUUAGUGCUUUUUGAGGAUGGUUUUGGUUCGAUUAUGAAAAAAUAAUCACGGUUUUAAGUUGGAAAAAAAUAACGUUACAUGCAUUAUGUAGGUUGAUUGCUGUAACACAUAAUAAAAUGAUUAAUACAAUUCC